AUGGACUAUAUUUUAGUUGAGGCCCUUCACCGCCUGAUAAACAGAAUCUGGAAGGAAGAACAAAUUCCAGAUGAUUGGCGAAAAGGACUCCUUAUUAAACUCCCAAAGAAAGGUGACCUUUCCUCAUGUAAGAACUGGAGAGGGAUCACCCUGUUAUCCAUUCCAAGCAAAAUCCUAUGUUAUGUCAUACUCUAUCGAAUUAAAGCAAAAUUAGACAAAAUGCUUAGAGAUGAACAAGCAGGAUUUAGACAAGAGCGUUCCUGUGUAGACCAGAUAGCAACCUUAAGAAUCGUAGUAGAACAGACAAUUGAAUGGCAAACAUCUCUUUAUAUGAUCUUUGUAGACUUCAAAAAGGCAUUUGACAGUAUCGACCACCAGGUACUGUGGGAUAUUCUCAAACACUAUGGCAUACCUCAUAAAAUCAUCUCUAUCAUUCAACAGCUUUAUGAUGGAUAUAACUGCCAAAUAGUUCAUGAUGGAAACCUGACCGAUCCGUUUGAUGUCACUACUGGUGUAAGGCAAGGUUGUCUCCUGUCCCCUCCCCUAUUCUUGAUGGUUAUAGACCGGGUAACUAAAACAACAUAUAAAAACCCAAAAGACGCAAAAGAACAGACCAUCAGUCUUGAAUCAACAACAAGACAAACAGGCCUUCUAAUCAAUCCAGUAAAGACAAAGAUAAUGAAAAUAAACACUGCUCAGACAGAGAAACUACAAAUAAGACACAAAGAAGUAGAAAAUAUAGAAGAAUUCACAUACCUGGGCAGUAUCAUCAGCACUACAGGUGGAACCGACGAAGACAUAAAAGCUCGGAAAAGGAAAGCUCAACAAGUCUUUGCCAUGUUAAAACCAGUCUGGAGAAGCACCACCUUGAGAACUAGUACCAAACUAAGGCUUUUCAACUCUAAUGUCAAAUCUGUCCUUCUCAAUGGGUCCGAAACUUGGAGAGAAACAUCAGCAUCCAUCAAGGCACUCCAAGUCUUCUUAAACCGCUGUCUAAGAAACAUCCUUGGUGCGAGAUGGUCAGAUACGAUUAGUAACAAAGAACUGUGGAAAAGAACCAAACAAGAACCAAUUGAGAUAACAAUUAAAACAAGAAGAUGGAAGUGGAUUGGACACACCUUAAGAAAACCUAACACCAACAUAACUAAACAAGCUCUAGAAUGGAAUCCACAAGGCAAACGUAAGAGAGACAGACCGAAAAACACAUGGCGUAGAGGGAUCAAUGCAGAGCUACAGGCCAUCAAUAAAACAUGGGGAGAAACCAAAAGAAUAGCCCAAGACAGAAAAAAGUGGAAAGCUACUGUGGUUGCCCUAUGUCCCCCAUGGGACGAAGUGGAUUAA